UGUUUAUAAGCAUGGUGUAUAAAUGUGAAAUAACAAAUAAAAUAAUUUAGACUUUCCUAUUUUUUAUUAUUGACUGUAGAGCUGACAUAACCUGUCACUGCCUCAGGCUAAGCUUGUCUUUUAUGAACUUAAAGCAUUGAAGGAGGACUGGAAGUGUUAUGUGAAAAUUUUAUUUAAAAUUAUCAUAUAAUCUUUAAAUCUCAUUUUUAUAUAUUAGUAAGUACUAAGAAUUAAAGUUGAGAACUUAAGCAAAAUUCAGUUUAAUGGUUUUAUUUGUUUUUCUUAAGAAAAUUAAAAAAAAAGGAUGGUUAUCAUGUUUUAAAAUUUUAGAAGUUUAUCAAACCUUGGAGCCCUGUUGGUGCAGUGGUUAAGAGCUACAGCAUACUACGGCUGGUAACCAAAAAAGUCAGCAGUUCCAAUCCAUCAUCCACUCCUUGAAAACAAUAUGGGACAAAAAAAAAAAAAAAAGCCCAUUGCUGUCUAGUCCAUUCUGACCCAGAGCGGCCCUAUAGGAUAGAGUAGAACUGUCCCAUAAGAUUUCCACUGAGCAGAUGGUGGAUUUGAACUGCGAAUCUUUUGGUUAGCCAUCAAAAGCUUAACCACUGGCAUACCUUGGUUAAUAAACAAAUACAGAGAUUCGGAAAAAGAUAUCUUUUCCAGUUUUGGCAAGAGAUAGUUGACUAAGCUUCCUAUAUCCUUACUCUCUUUAAUAUAUAUGUAUAUUUUCAUUUCCAGGACUGACUUUCAGAUUUUGACAAACAGAAGCCAUGCUAUUGUCAGACAGAAAUAAAAGUGGGGCCACUUUCACCCUUUUAGGUUUCUCAGAUUACCCAGAACUGCAGGUUCCUCUUUUCUUGGUAUUUCUGGCCAUCUACAGUGUCACUGUUGUAGGGAAUCUUGGAAUGAUUAUAAUCAUUAAAAUUAAUCCCAUACUGCACACCCCCAUGUACUUUUUCCUCAGCCACCUGUCAUUCAUGGAUUUCUGCUAUUCUUCCAUCGUUGCUCCCAAAAUGCUGAGGAACCUAGUUGUAGAAGACAGAACCAUUUCAUUUUUAGGAUGUGUAGUUCAAUUCUUUUUCUUUUGUACCUUUGUGGUGACUGAAAACUUUUUAUUAGCUGUAAUGGCCUAUGACCGCUUUGUAGCCAUUUGCAACCCUCUGCUCUACACAGUUACCAUGUCCCAGGGACUCUGUGCUAUGCUGGUGGUCAGAUCAUAUGCAUGGGGAGUAGGGUGUUCCUUGAUACUCACAUGCUCUGCUUUGAAAUUGUCUUUUCGUGGUCCCAAUACAAUCAAUCACUUCUUCUGUGAGUUCUCCUCACUUCUGUCUCUGUCUUGCUCUGAUACUUCUCUAAGCCAGUUGCUGCUUUUCAUCGUUGUUACUUUUAAUGAGGUGAGUACAUUACUCAUCAUUCUCACUUCUUAUGUGUUUAUCGUUGUCACCAUCUUAAAAAUGCAUUCAGUCAGUGGUCGUCGUAAGGCAUUCUCUACCUGUGCCUCUCAUCUGUCUGCUAUCAUGAUCUUCCAUGGCACCAUCCUCUUCCUCUAUUGUGUGCCCAACUCCAAAAACUCCAGGCACACCGUCAAAGUAGCCUCUGUGUUUUACACAGUGGUGAUCCCCAUGUUGAAUCCCUUGAUCUACAGCCUGAGGAAUAAGGAUGUCAAGAAUACAGUCAGCAAGAUAAUGGACACUAAAAUCUUUUCUCAUUGCGUGUUAUUUUAGUAGGAUUUUUCCUUAACUUGUAAGUAAGGAGUGUCCAUAAAGAUGUUUUUUAAAGAUAUCAA